AUGGCACCAUGUGGCAUGAGAAAAACAGAGCAUUGGCAUUUGCUUCGCCGACUUCGAGUUUUCUCUUCUCAUCACCGCCAAACUCCUUCUCUUCACCUUCGGCUUGCUCUUCCUCUCACCAUUGGCCUGCAUCUAGUUGUGCUCGUACGUCUCGGCAGCGGGAAGUGGGAGGCACCAGAAUUUGUUCCUUCUUUGUUGUCAUCUCUCGCUAGCCGUCCAGAGUUGCAGAACAGAGCUUGCUUCCUUCAUCAACCUCGACCAAGUGCUGAUCUUAAACUAUCAUCGUUGUACUGUAGUUUGAGGUUCUUGAAAAAUGCUCAACCAGAAGACACUAGAGAGGAGCAGUUAUGCAGUUCUUGUCCUAUAAAGUUUGAGGGAUCAAGAUGUGUGAGAUCAACAACUUCAAAUUCAUUUAAGCUUUUGUGUAAUGAUUCUCUUCCAUUCAACAGAUAUGGAUAUUUAACAACACAUAACUCAUUUGCAAUUCAAAGAGAAGAGGAAGGGCCAAAAUCAAAUCAUACCGUAAACAUUACAGAGCUUUCAAGAGUGACCUUCUCAAAUCAAGAACAUAGUAUAACACAGCAGUUGAAGAAUGGAAUUCGAUCUCUUAUGUUGGAGGACAACAAAGGAGACGUAUGGUUGUGCCAUUCCAUCUUGGGAAAAUGUAAUCUCUUUACUGCAUUUGAACCUGUAAUAAAUGCUUUGAAGGAAGUAGAAGUGUUUCUUGCAGGGAAUCCAUCAGAAAUUGUGACAAUAAUGGAAGAUCAUGUCGAAUUACCAAAUGGGUUAACCAAAGUAAUCAAGGCUUCAGGUUUGAUGAAGUACUGGUUUCCUUUUACAAGCAUGCCUCAAGAUGGCCAAAAUUGGCCUUUAGUCAAGGACAUGCUUGCUAAAAGCCAUAGGCUCAUUGUCUUCACCUCUCAGAAACACAAGCAAGAAAGUGCAGGCAUAGCUUACCAAUGGAACUUCAUGGUUGAAAAUCAGUGUGAGUGGCAUCAAACCAAAACUCUCCCCAAAUCAAAUCUCUGA